UUUUAAGGCUAAACCGGUUUGUCUUCCUCUCGGGGAGGGAGGAGGAAGUGAAGGGCAACAACCCGACCGUGUUGUUGUUGCUGCUGUAAGCCGACUUUUGUCUGACAGCACGGCUGAGCACCAUGAACAUGUUCAGAAGAGAUAAGGGGUCACCUUCCCAGACUCCUGUGGUUCCACCCAGACCCACCAAAGAGGAGAUGGACAAUCCCAUCAAAUACAGCCUGAAAACACAGGAGCCAGAACCACGUGUGGCCCUACAGGAAAACAGAGAGAACACAAACGAUCUGUGCCCAAAGACAAAGCAGAGAGCGGGGGUGAUGGGGGUUGUGCAGAAGGUCAACCCCUUCAAAUCCGCCCCAAAGACCUCGUCCUCCUCUUCUUCUUCUUCUUCGGACAUCAGCAAAGCUCCUUCCUCUGAAUCACUAGACCAGACAACAGACUCCACACAGAACCCCGGGAUGCUGAAAGGAGUCAUGCAGAAAGUGAACCCGUUCAAGUCCACCUCCCAGGUGUCCAAAGCUCCGUCCUCAGACUCCCUGGAAGCAGAAAGAGGCCCAGACUCAUCUCAGAACCCUGGUAUGUUCAAAGGAGUCAUGCAGAAAGUCAACCCCUUCAAGUCGUCUGCACAGCUGCCAAAAAAUGAAGAUCAAGUUUCUCCUGCCAGCUCGGACGGAGACCUUCGGGAAAAACAGACUCCAGGGGUGAUGACGAGUAUGAUUCAAAAGGUCAACCCAUUCAAAUCUUCCCAGCCAAAGGGCACUCAGCCUCUGCACAGUGACCUCUCCUCCAGCAGUGGAAGCCUCACGGACAACAAUAACGUGCCAGAGAAGCAGGCUGACAGCCCUGGAAUGUUUAAAGGGAUGAUGCAGAAAGUAAACCCCUUCAAGUCACGCACACAGCUGACUGAUGACGCCUGUGAGACUGACUCAUCUGCUCCUUCUAACAACACGAUUGAGGUUGAGCGAGCCAUACACAGCGAGACCUCCAGCAGUUCAGAAAGUCUGGAUGACAGCAUGAUUGACAGACAUACCAUUUGGUACACAGACGCUGACCCCGCGUACGAAGGGGUUAACCAGCCAGCGGAGGUUGCAGGGAAUCGCACUAAGACUUUCGUUUUAAAACGGAUACUUCCCAAGUCGUUUUUUGGGUCAGGAUCCAAGGAGUCGGCGGAUCCAUCGUCUGAUGCCCGGCCUCAGGAGGCAGUAGAAGUUCAAACUCUGCAGCUGGCUGAGGUACCAGUACCCGGUGAAGGAACACAACUGGACCCUCUAGAUGACGAGGACGGGCUUCUGUCUUGGUGGAAAACUGUUGAAGGAUGGGAUGAGUGGAAUGAAGCAAACCAGGAAGAUGAUGCUGAAGAAGUGGUGGAACAAGCUGCCGACAGAGUCUUCAUGGCCGCUCGUCUUUUCGUUCGCUUCUUCAACCAGCGCGGUGCCUCCCUCCAGCAGCGCAUCCUGGAGCUCCUCUCCUUGGCUGACUCGGCAGACAACUUCCACAAGAAGACGGUCACGGCCAGCGUGGGCGGCGGGAUGGCCAGCGUCGCGGGGUCUGUCACCACCAUCACCGGACUCAUUCUGGCGCCCUUCACGGCUGGUACGUCGCUCAUCGUCACAGCGGUGGGCAUCGGCAUUGCCACAGCGGGCGGCGUGACGUCUGCUUCGGCCAACAUUACAGACACGCUGCAUUCAAAGACCGACCGCAAGAAGGUGGAGAAGAUGAUCCAAGAUUACCAGGACGAGAUUAAGGACAUAAAGGACUGCUUGGAUUUUGUACAGGAAGGGAUGGAGACUCUUGAUGAGUGGAACUUUGAGAAGUACACUGAAAGCAUCUCCAAGAAGUACUUGAAUCAGAACGUCAAACACGUAAUGAAGGAGGGCGGCCGGGCCGGGAAGGCUUUAGUCAUCAACACGGAGAGCCUGAUCAACACCGUCCAGGUCCUGAACGUCGCCGGCAGUGCCGCUAAAGCCGCACAGGUGAUGAGCGUCACCACGGGAGUAAUGUCGGGUCUCUUUCUGGCCCUGGAUGUGUUCUUCCUGGCAAAGGAUUCCAUGGAGCUGAAGAAGGGAGCCAAGACGGAGUUUGCUGCCAAGAUCCGAGAGGUGUGUAAGGACCUGCAGCACGGGCUGCUAGAGCUGAACAGAAUCAAAGAAGAACUGCAAAAAACUAUGGAUGGGAUAGAGGUGGAAGUUGAAGAGGAGGAGGAUGAAGAGAUAUUGAAGUCUGAUCUGAAGAAACUAAUUGAGCUUGAAGACUGAAGUAUUGUAGUGGUGUGUAUAAACCAAAGUGUCCCGGUUUCAAGACUCCAAAUGUACUAAAACACCAGUGUCAAAAA